CUUCUCCUGUCAUCUGCUUCCGCCGAUCGAGUUGCCCCGUCGAUUUCGCCGACCCCUCGACCCGAUCGGCUCCACUUAUCGUAGCUCGUCGCUCGGUAUUGAUGGCCAAGACGUCUUUCAAGAUGGAGCACGAUCUCGAAAAAAGGCAGGCUGAAUCUGCCAGGAUCAGGGAUAAGUACCCCGACAGAAUUCCUGUGAUUGUUGAGAAAGCUGGCAAGACUGAUGUCCCUGAGAUUGAUAAGAAGAAGUACCUUGUUCCUGCUGAUCUCACUGUCGGCCAGUUUGUCUAUGUGGUGAGGAAGAGGAUCAAGCUGAGCCCAGAGAAGGCCAUCUUUGUCUUUGUGAAGAACACCUUGCCACCAACUGCCUCUUUGAUGUCUACGAUCUACGAAGAGAACAAAGACGAGGAUGGCUUCCUCUACAUGACCUACAGUGGCGAGAACACCUUCGGCUCUGCAUAGAGCAACCGCCCCUGCCACUGUAAAUAAACGAGCACGAUGGGGCUGCUGCUAUCGUAAACCUAUGUACAUAUGCUGCUGCCGGAUUGCUUCAAUGGCUUCAAUGUGUCCUUAGCUUUCAAGUGUUUGGAUUUCUCUUGUGAUACUGAAUUCCUUCAGUAGUGAAACAUUUGCUUAUUCCACUAUUA